CAGGGGCGGGGCUCAGGCGGCGCGGGCUGCCGGCCCAGCUAGUUGACGGUCGCGCGGGGCUCAGGAUCCGACCCAGGGGGAGAUGGAGGCGGGCGGCGUCGCCGACUCGUUCCUUUCCGGAGCUUGCGUGCUCUUCACCCUCAUCAUGUACUCCACCGGCCUCUCGGACCUCAGGCACAUGCGGAUGACCCGGAGCGUGGACAGUGUCCAGUUCCUGCCCUUUCUCACCACGGACAUCAACAACCUGAGCUGGCUGAGUUACGGGGCCUUGAAGGGUGACGGGACCCUAAUCUUCGUCAACGCCACGGGCGCUGUGCUUCAGACCCUGUAUAUCUCGGUGUAUCUGCACUACUGCCCUCGGAAGCGUCCCAUGCUCCUACAGACCGCGACCCUGCUGGGGGUCCUUGUCCUGGGUUUCGGCUACUUUUGGCUCCUGGUGCCCAGCCCGGAGGCCCGGCUUCAGCAGCUGGGUCUCUUCUGCAGUACCUUCACCAUCAGUAUGUACCUGUCACCACUGGCCGACUUGGCCAAGGUCAUUCAGACUAAAUCAACCCAACGCCUCUCCUUCUCACUCACCAUUGCCACCCUCCUCACCUCUGCCUCCUGGACCCUGUAUGGGUUUCAGCUACGCGACCCCUACAUCAUGGUGCCCAACGUUCCGGGGAUCCUCACCAGCUUCAUUCGCCUCUGGCUUUUCUGGAAGUACUCCCAGGGGCAAGACAGGAACUAUCCGCUCCUGCAAACCUGACGCAGUUCGCCUGACCACUGGGCACCUUAAUGCCAACUUGCCACCAAAGACAGUUCCUUGACUCAGCUGCUUCUGCUGACCAGCUCCAUGAGUGCAGGAGGUUGCGGGAAAGAAAAGGACAACUGUGAGAAUUAAGGGGCCAAAGAAAGUGUUUUGCUUGGAAUACUAGCUGGGACUUGGGAGAUGAAUCACUUAUUUUUUACAGAUUAUAUUUUUUAAUUGUGGAGGUUGGGGUGCAAUCUUUAGAAUGUGCCUUAAAAUAAAUCGUUCGCUACCCCUGCCCAUCAAA